AAAACAGGCAAAACGGCCAAAGAAAAUACGGAAAUGAAUCUUGUUACGGAUGAAAUACCCUCACUGGGUAUUGCUGAAGUUGAUAGCAACGAAAAUUCUUGCACCGCACGAUCAGCGUGUUCAGCCGGAAGGACAUCGGAAGGACUUGAUGAUGGUUAUGCUGCUGAAAAUACUGGCAUUCAAGAAGGCCGUAGUGGUGUUACAUCGCAUUAUAAAUCUGAGCCUUCAGAGAUAUCCCAGUGA